AUGCCGGCCCUGCUGAGCAAACUCACACUCCAGAGCCAUCAGGUUCCCCUCGAGCCUAGCUCCCCGGACCUCUCCAGCUUCGCUAACCCACGAUUGUGUGACCUGCGGGCCAGGUCAAUUGGCGCCCAACGUGGGGCUCGAACGCUGGACAGGGACCCGGUAGACGCCCCUCGUCCGGACCCUGAAAAUCCCCUUAAGGUAUGUCCCUGGUUCAUUGUUAAUGGUCCAGAUAUACACCCGGGGAAAUGGCAGAAAGUAGGGAGAGAUCUUAAUGAAAGAUUGAAACAAGAAGGUCCCGAGUCAGUUCCCAUAAAUGCCUUCUCCCUCUGGACCUUAAUUAAUGACAUUAUUGAGGGAUCAACAGGAGACAAAGGUGCCCGCCAGUUACUCGUGCAGGCGGAAUCCUGUCUCGCUCCGCUUUCUCGCGCUGCUUCUGCUUCCUCCCUUCACGCAGAAAACUCACAAGACAAAGAGGAAGCAAAAUCUCCUCCCCCUACCCCUACCGCUAAGUCCAUUUACCCGCCACUCCCUAACCCUGCUGAAGAGACACUCACUUUCCCGGUCUUCCCUACCGAGGGGAAAGUCGGCAUGAAUACUGCCCCCGAAAACGAAAGCGGCCCGCUCCCUGACGAGAACGCAGCCAAUUUAGACGUUGAGGCUGCUGCAUACAACCCUCAAGAAGUGUUCCUAUCCCACGCUUUCUCCCCACACCCCUAUUUACUACCCCCCCUUGUGGACCUUUCCCAAAUCCAGAGAGAUUUGACCCAGCGCAUGGCUGAAUUAAGAAAGACAGUCAAUAUGCAGAAUCAAUAUCAUCAAAUGGUAAAGGAAUUUUCGGCGCUACAAGCGUCCCUGCAGAAGGCACUGCUUCCUCCCUCUGCCCCAAAAAGUACUCCUAUAGCACUCCCUCAAGACAAAAUUCCCCGACCAAAACAGAAACAGAAAUCCCUUCUCUUUCCUAUUCUUAGAAGCAAUACACAGAAUAGACCUAAAGAUGCAGAGGACACAAACUCUGAUAAGCACCCCCCUGAAAAUAGCGCAGGACUUGAGGAGUCCGAGGAGGAAAGCCAGGAGGAGGAAGUGGAGGAUAAUGACCAGGAAUCUGAUUCAGAAGAGGACAAUAAAUCAUGCUCCUCUAAAUACAAAGCCCCAAAGUUUAAGAAUAUCAAAGAUCUCCAUGCAGCAGUGAAAAAAUAUGGUCCCAAUGCCCCUUUCACUCUCUCUGCCCUUGAGGCUAUAGGACAAGGAGGUUAUCUGCUGCCCGGGGAAUGGGUGCGAGUAGCUCAGGCCGCCCUAUCAAGGGGACAAUUCCUAACCUGGAAAGCAGAAUUUGAAUAUCACUGUCAAACCAUCGAAAAAAGAAACUUGAAAUCUAAGGCUAAUAGGGAUUGGACUUUUGAAAAAUUAGCAGGACGAGGUGAAUAUGCGUUAGAGAAAAAACAAAGAAAGUUACCUACAGGCUUGCUAGAACAGACUGCUCACGCGGCUAAUCGCGCUUGGAGAGCCCUUCCUGUUACAGGCUCCCCCUUUACACCCCUUAAUAAGAUCACUCAAAGAAAAGAUGAAGAGUACUCUGACUUUGUCAGUCGACUGUUAGAGACGGCUGAGAGGACGUUAGGAAAUGAGGCAUCAGAUGAUUUAAUUAUCAAAAGACUGGCUUUUGAGAAUGCCAAUGGCCCAUGUAGAAGUGUACUGAAUGGUCAAUGGCAGGAUAAGACAUUAAAUGAGAUGAUUAAACUAUGCCGCGAUAUCCAAGAUCCUACAGCAGCAAAAAUUGAAAAAAUGUCUCAGGCGAUAUUGGCCUUACAAAACCCUAUGAAAAACAUGUCAGAGGCAUUUCUAACUAUAGGAGCAGCUGUUGAUAAUACUGUGAAAACCUGUUUUAAAUGUGGAGCCGAGGGUCAUUUUGCCAGACAAUGCCCCAUGAAUCAACCUAAUCCCACCGCUCAGAAAAGGCGCGCAGCACCUGCCACCCCGUGUCCCAGGUGCAGAAAAAGGUUUCACUGGGGGAAUACAUGCAGAGCAACACAUGAUAUAGAGGGCAGACCCCUCCCCCCGUUGUCGGGAAACGGCUGGCGGGGUCGGCCCCGGACCCCUCAAGGACUGGCCCAGCCAGCCACGGGGACCCACCCUGCCCACAGCUCUCCAGAGCAACGGCAGGCAGUGCAGGAGUGGACUUGUGUGCCACCGCCGCCGCAAUAUUGA